AUGGUGAAGGAGGAGAGUGAAGAACUGAGUGAAGAUGAGGAGAAACAUCACGUCAAAAGUGAAACUGAAACUCACACAAAUACCGAACAGAAUGUUUUAAUUAAAGCAACAGCUGUAAAAUGUUUCACCUGCACACAGUGUGGAAAGAGUUUCGUACAACCCUCACACCUUCAUCAGCACAUGAGGAUCCACACUGGAGAGAGACCGCACAAGUGUUCACACUGCGACAAAUCAUUCAGCCAUUCAGGACAUCUGACAGUUCAUGAGAGGAUUCACACGGGGGAGAAACCAUUCACGUGUACUCACUGUGGGAAGAGUUUCAAAUGCUCAUCACACCUUAAUGAGCACAUGAUUAUUCACACUGGAGAGAAAACACACAGAUGCGAUCAAUGCGGCAAGACAUUUUUGAGGCCUGCAGUGCUGAAGAAACAUCUCAGAGUUCAUACAAAGGAGAAGCCGUAUUCAUGCUCUGAGUGUGGUAGCAGUUUUACACAGCUGUCAAGUUUAAGAAGACAUCAGCAGAUCCACACUGCUGUGAGAGGGUUUGUGUGCUUUGAGUGUGAGAAGACUUUUAUUACAGCUGCAGAAUUGAAUCGACACCAGAGGAUUCACACGGGAGAGAAACCGUACACAUGCUCUCAGUGUGGGAAGAGUUUCACGCAGUCAACACACCUUAACAAACACAUAAUGAUUCACACUGGGGAGAAGCCAUUCAUAUGUACUCACUGUGGGAAGAGUUUCACACAAUCAUCACACCUUAACAGCCACAUGAAGACCCACGGUGCAAACCAUGUUUGAGACUUUCAGAGCUGUAGAAACCUCUUAAGGCCCUGAUAUAUUUUAAAUCAAGUUCUGUCGUGCUCGGUUUGAGGGCAGGUAGAAGUUUUUGAGGGCAGGUAGAAGAAGGGAUGGCUGACGUGAAACUGACAGUGUUGUAAUACCGAAGUGCAAGUGUUUCAAAACACUGCACCGAGCCAAGAUCUGAAACGCCCAGGUCACGUGACUAAAGUGUUUUGAAACACCAGGACUGCGUCCGCAAUCGUCUACUACUCCGUAGGUACUGCAUUUGAAUUUAGACGUACUACUCGGCCGUUGGAAAAGUAUGUUCUAUACAGCAUGAAUGGAAUUCGGACGUACUACAUCUGCCAUUUUGUCAUGGUCACGUGACCUACCCGCGUCAGUUGCGUUGCUUCACUUCCAUUCAUGAAUUCGCACAUGAGGCAUCAUGGGAUAGCGAAGCAUGCAUGGGAUGUGCACUUCAGAAUAUCGCCGGAAAUAGUAAGUUAUCCGGGUACUACUACUCGGCUCGCAUACUAAUUUCAGCGUACUAUAUAGUAUGGAAGUAUGCCGUUUCGGAUGCAGCUCAGGUCUCGUGACUGGAGCGAUUCAAAGCAUCGGACAAUUCAGAAGUGUUUCAAGAACUGGUGAAUCUGCAUUUGACUGACAGGGUCAGAAAAAUUAUCUCAUGUAGCCUAGGGAACCGUGCGUGUGCACGCAAAUGGCCCGAGUUCGAAUCCCGUCUUGUACGAAUACACUGAAAUUAUGACCUGAUGUAUUUUAAUGGUUACUUUUUAUGACCAAAACAAGACAUAUUUAUUCACAAAGGAUGUCAAACCAAUGUUAAAACAUGUUACCAGAACGGAGCAUUUCAAACCAAACAUCUAUAGCAGCAUCACCCUGGAUUCGAACCUAUUAUCUCUGAAGGCUAUCAGUAACUCUCACCGCUCCACUAAAUCACUUGAAACCUCAAUUCUACAAUGCAGUUUAAUACCUCGAUUUCUCAUCGAUUUGCCUAAUGAGAAGUUAUCACUAGGUGUCACUGUAGAGACGGAUUUCGAAACGUUUCGAAGCUUCGACACAUUUGCUUCGACUGUUUUAAUGGUUCACGAAGCCUCGCUUUGCCCACCACUAGAAGUUUAUGAAGAGCGAUUGUCAGUAUUGAUCUUAUUCUGCGAUGCUGAAGUGUGCUCAUUUUUUUCGAUUUGUUUUAGAACUUCAGAUUCAGUCACCUAUGGAAGAAAUGACUAACAGUAAUAAACAGCAGAAAACGGUCAAACUGGCUCUACAGACGAGCAUGAAAGGGUUAAGUCAUUAUGGAAAAUGUUAAAAUAUGAAGCUAUUUUUU